AUGGGUGUGAAAUCCCCUUGGAAACAACACCCGUUUCUCGCGCGGGUGUUGUUCCUCCGGGAGACCUUGACCCGGUUGAUCCGGUCGAUCCGGCAGAUCCGGCCGAGCCGGGGUAUCGCCACGUUCGCCAAACAACUCGUCGGAGAAGCAAAACUCAUUAAGGGGGCCGAUACGAGACUCCGUCUGUCACGGAGAUCCUAUCGGGACAUCUUUCGAUCCCUUCCACCUGCCUGCGAGGGGAAUCGGCUUUCCCAUCUAAGAUGUGCCAAGGCAGGGAAGGCAGCGGAGGCGCGUAUUCAAGGGACGGGGAAGAAUGUGACGGUGCGAGUGAGCAAGAAACUGCGACUGCGAUGCAAAACCAAAGGACUCCCGACCCCCGAGAUCACGUGGUACAAAGACGGGCGACCCCUGUCCAGCAAUAAACGCAUCGUAAUAACAACCAAGAGGCGGAAAUCUCGACUGGUGAUCCAAAAAGCGGCUCCGAAAGAUAGCGGGACGUACGAAUGCAGGGCGUGGAAUGCCUUCGGACCCCCGUCCGUCUCCACCACCCACGUUCUCGUCAAAGGGAAACUCGAGCCGAAGAAUGACUCAAACGAAAGUCCCUGCGAAGUCGCCCAUUUUUGCCUCAACGGAGGCACCUGCACCUACAUCAAGGACAUCAAGGAAAUGAUGUGCACGUGUCCGAAGGGGUUCAAAGGAAGUCGCUGCGACAGCAAAGACGUCACGGAUGCCCGAUUGGCAAGUACGUUGAGGAACGCUUUGGCGAAAACCCGGCUCUGCAUAUACCGCGACAACACCGUCUACCCCUGCUAGCCGUUCUUGCGCUUUUUUUUCCCUUUUUUUGCACAAACAAAAUUUGCACAGAAGAACACACAAAAAAAUGAAGCGCCAAGCGAUGAUAUGAUCCGUCCAGCCAUUCCAAGUUUCUACGAGUUCCUAGUCAUGCUGUGUAUUUGUAUAUCUGCGCCGCGUUUUCGUUGUGGGCAGCAAGUCUUCUCUGCAAGUUUUCUUCUCUCCCCCCUUCCCCCUUCGCACUUCGCUUUUUCCUCUCGGGGCAGGCUUGCCUUGUGCCAUCUCGCUUUUCUCCUUCCCAGGUAAAUCUGCGAUGGUUUUCUGCAUGCUCGGGUUCUCCUUACUCUUUGCAUGGUCUGUGGUGAAAUUGGCUUUCCCGAAGUAAAUUUUGUUUUUCUUCAAAGUUCGCAGAUAAAAUUCAAGGAUCAACUGUGAUUCCGGUUGAGAAUUUCGCUUCCUGCUCCCUCAUGGAAUCAUUUUUCAUUUUCCCUUCGGUCAUCUCAAACGUCUGUUGGUGGCGGGUGAAUGCAGUUUCUCUAGUUUUGCAUGCUCUUAGCUGCACACGA